AUGGCGACGGAAGGGCAAGAGAUCCAGGAUGUGCCCGUGGAGGAGACGAAUCCUCAGCAGGAAGGGGGUGGUGACGAUGAGGAAGAAAUCGCGGCGAUGAAGAAGCGAGUAGCAGAAAUGGAAUCCGAAGCGGCAAAACUGCGCGAGAUGCAGUCCACCCUCGACCAGCAAACGGAGAGCCUGGCAGAAAACAAAGAAGAGAUCGAUGCCCGGAGUGUUUUCGUCGGUAAUGUCGAUUACGGUGCUUCGCCCGAGGAGAUCCAGGCGCAUUUCCAAAGCUGCGGCUCGAUAAACCGCGUUACAAUCCUGUUGGAUAAAUUCACCGGUCAACCUAAAGGGUACGCCUAUGUGGAAUUCGCGGAGCCUAGUCUUGUGGCCCAGGCACUUAUCUUGAACGAGAGUGUUUUCCGUGGUAGAAAUCUGAAGGUUGUUCCCAAGCGAACAAACCUGCCCGGUAUGGCUCGGGGACGUGGUCGGGGAGGCUUUCGGGGACGUGGCUAUGGCCGGGGAGGCUUUGCGCCUCGUGGAUACCGUGGAGGCGGCUAUCGGGGUCGUGGUCGAGGCUACGCACCGUACUAA